AGACAGAGACGAAAGGGGGAGGCAGAGAGAGAGAGCAGUGGUGAGAGAGAGAGAGACGAGAGAGCCGUUUUUUCAGUUAAGUAUAGUUUAUAUGAGAAGAGAGGAGCCUCUAAUGGUGUCGGACCAGGAGAUAGCGAAAGGGGUUGAGACGGUGCUUCGACAGUCAGACCCGAAUGUGGUGACGUCCGUAGACGGUGUAGUUCAGCAGCUGGAAGCGAAGCUAGGGUUAGACCUCUCCGACAAGACGGGCUUGAUUAGGGACCAGAUCAACCUACUCCUCCGAGCACACCCAACGACACCACAGCAACGACCACCACCACCACCACCACAACCCCAACAGCUACCUCAGAAGGGCCAUUUUGCCCUCCAACACCCCCAGCAAUUCCUUCAACUCCCUCAACAUUCACAACAGUUCCCUUCCCAUUUUGUCCUUCACCCCCAAACUCAGCACCUUGGCUUUCCUCAGGACCUCAACUUCCGCCAGCAUCCCGUGCCUUCCCCGCCCCAACCCCAACUGCAACCACAACCGCCGGUCAGAAAAGCUGAGGCCUUUCCUCAAAAUGUGGCUGCUACUUCUCUUGCCACCGAAGUACCUAAAGAAAGUGCUCAACUUGGAGCCAAAAGAAGGGGUGGUCCAGGGGGUCUAAACAAAGUAUGUGGUGUUUCACCUGAACUUCAGGUUGUUGUUGGCCAGCCAGCCCUGCCAAGGACAGAGAUAGUGAAACAGCUAUGGGCAUAUAUAAGAAAACACAAUCUCCAAGAUCCAAGCAACAAGAGAAAGAUAAUUUGUGAUGAUGCUCUGCGUUUGGUGUUCGAGACAGACUGUACUGACAUGUUCAAGAUGAACAAACUGCUGGCAAAACAUAUCAUCACACUUGAACCUUCAAAGCUGUCUGGCCAAGCUAAACGAUCAAAGGUAGAUGUUGAGUCGGCAGCUGAAAGUACAGAACCUUCUGCAUCUCCUGUUAUUAUAUCUGAAGCACUUGCCAAGUUUUUGGGCUCUGGAGGAAGGGAGAUGCUACAGCCAGAGGUAUCAAGACUUGUUUGGGAGUACAUAAAGGUUAACCAUUUGGAGGACCCAUUGAACUCGAUGGUGAUACUCUGUGAUGAAAAACUUCGGGAGCUUCUUGGAUGUGAAAGCAUUUCUGCUGUGGGGAUUAAUGAAAUGUUGGCACGCCAUCACUUGUUCAAGCGAUCAUAACUGGUACUUGGGGCCCUCGCCAUGGGGUCAAUGCCGAUGGUAAAAAGAUACUGAAGAACCCUCUGUCUAUCUUUUGCUUUUUGGUUCUUUGUGAAUUGACUUUGUUGGAUGGCAUGCUGAUUGACAAUGCUUGGUUAUUAUAAUCAGAAUGAAUAUGUACACCAGGGUCUGUGGCAAGGAUUAUAUUGUAGUUAGCCAUUACCCUGGAUUUAGGUUUUCUCUAACUUUUAUUGUGACUUAGCGGUCCAAUGUCUAACCUGAUAGUGGGCUCAGGCUGGAAGAAACUCAAUGGAAAUGUAAAAUUCAUCUUAUGUAGGAAUAGUAUGCAACUUUGUCCAUGCCUUUGCUGCUGGUUUAACUGUGAGUUGCCUUA